AACAAAAGUGGGGGUGCAGGGGCCUGGGUAGGGACGUGCAAAAGGUGCCUCUCGCCAUAGCCAGUGAAUUUGACAAGCUAUGACUCAUUUGGAUCCAGGGAUGCACAUGGAUGCAUGCUUGCGAGGGUGCAUCGAUGUUACCUUGGGAUAAACCGAGGGUUUAGGGCGGAGUGUGUGUGUGACGAUGUUGGCGUAACGAUGCCGAAGGUGCGAGCGAGGGCGUGAGUGAUGAUCCGCGAGGUGGUGGCCCAGGCCAUGGAGUAGGUUUCGCGCAGGGACGGAGGUUUGCGGCCCCCUAUGGGCGGAGGCGUGGGUAACCGUUUUAGGCUGGAGGACGUUGUUGUUGUAGAUGUCAGGAGUGUGAUCUUGAAGGCGUGUUUUCGACCACGAGCGUUGUGAGGGUUUGCUUGGCGGGUGUGCCGACUGCUGUUUGAGUGAGUAGCGACGAUGAUGAUGACAUUGCAGAAUCACGUGAGGCAACAGCCAGGCGUGGCGAUGAUGACCUUGCAAAACGCCAUGAGGCCUCAGCCAGGUCAAUCGAUGCUUCUUCGAGACCCUGUGAAAAUGGAAUCUGGUGAUCAAUUUGGUCAUUCUUUCUCGCGUUCGGAGACAUUCCCCUCGACAUCAUCCUCUGCUGGCUACGAGGGUGUUGAAAUUCAAGCGGAUGAAGAUGUGAUGUUGGCGGGAGCACAUCAGGAAUACAAAGCCGGUAAUUACAAGAAUGCAUUACAGCAUUGCUUGGUGGUCCAUAACAAGAACCCUCAACGCACGGAUGCUUUGCUGUUAUUGGGAGCUAUUUACUAUCAGCUACACGAUUUCGAUAUGUGCAUUGCAAAGAAUGAAGAAGCCAUACGGAUCGAACCUCAAUUUGCUGAGUGUUACGGCAACAUGGCGAAUGCGUUGAAGGAGAAGGGUAACAUUGAUCUUGCAAUUCAAUACUAUUCAGUUGCAAUUGAGUUGAAACCCAAUUUUUGUGAUGCAUGGUCGAAUUUAGCAAGUGCUUAUAUGAGGAAGGGAAGGCUGCAAGAAGCUGCUGAGUGCUGUCAACAUGCUCUCACACUGAACCCGCGGCUGGUUGAUGCCCACAGCAACUUGGGAAAUCUUUUAAAGGCUCAAGGCCUAACUCAUCAUGCAUAUCUUUGCUAUGUGGAGGCUAUUCGACUCCAACCUACAUUUGCUAUUGCAUGGUCAAAUCUCGCGGGCUUGCUUAUGGAGGCAGGAGAACUGCAGAAAGCUUUAGCAUAUUACAAGGAAGCCAUCCGUCUGAAGCCUAAUUUUGCUGAUGCCCAUCUCAACCUUGGGAAUGUGUUGAAGGCAAUUGGUAGGCAUCAGGAGGCAAUCUCAUGUUACAAUCGAUCCAUCCAGCUGCGACCAGAUUACGCAAUUGCAUAUGGGAAUCUUGCAAGCGUGUACUACGAGCAAGGGCUUCUUGAUUAUGCCAUUCUCUACUACAAGCAAGCUCUUCUACUUGAUUCCUCUUUCAUAGAGGCUUACAAUAACUUGGGUAACGCGUUAAAGGAUGCAGGGCGAGUGGAGGAAUCAAUUUCGUGCUACGAGAAUUGCCUUCAACUUCAGAAUAAUCAUCCGCAGGCGCUUACAAAUCUUGGUAAUAUUUAUAUGGAGUGGAACAUGAUAAGUACCGCAGCAACAUUUUAUAAAGCAACGCUGAGCGUUACAACUGGUCUCUCUGCUCCUUACAGCAAUCUGGCUACGAUAUACAAGCAACAGGGCAAUUAUGCAGAUGCUAUUGCUUGUUACAAUGAGGUCAUGAGGGUAGAUCCCAUGGCUGCGGAUGGGCUGGUGAACCGAGGAAAUACGCUGAAAGAGAUUGGUCGGGUCAGCGAGGCCAUUCAGGAUUAUAUCCGUGCUGUAGCCAUACGGCCUACGAUGGCGGAGGCACAUGCGAAUCUUGCCUCCGCGUACAAGGACAGUGGGCAUGUGGAAGCUGCUAUUAAAAGCUACAAGCAGGCACUAUUCCUCCGUGCAGACUUUCCAGAGGCAACUUGCAACUUGCUUCACACCCUUCAGUGUGUGUGCGACUGGGAGGACCGUGAUAAGAAGUUCACUGAAAUUGAGGCUGUUGUACGACGACAGAUCAAGAUGCGACUCCUACCAAGUGUUCAGCCCUUCCAUGCGAUUGCGUACCCGAUUGAUCCAAUGCUUGCCUUGGAGAUCAGCCGAAAAUAUGCAGAACAUUGCUCGUUGAUAGCAUCAAGAUACGGUGUACAGUCAUUUUCUCACCCAGUUGCUAUUCCGGUGAAAAGUGGAGGUGGCAGUGGUCGCCUCCGGAUUGGAUAUGUGAGUAGUGACUUUGGAAACCAUCCUCUGUCACAUCUCAUGGGUUCUGUAUUUGGGAUGCACAAUCGUGAGCAUGUGGAGGUAUUCUGCUAUGCUCUGAGCCCAAGUGAUGGGAGCGAGUGGAGGCAGAGGAUUUCUGUCGAAGCUGAACAUUUUACAGAUGUUUCUGCAAUGGCGUCUGAUGCCAUUGCCCAACUGAUUGAUAAUAACCAGAUUCAAAUUCUCAUCAAUCUCAACGGUUACACAAAGGGAGCCAGAAAUGAGAUUUUUGCAAUGAGACCAGCUCCGAUCCAGGUGUCAUAUAUGGGGUUUCCCGGAACUACUGGCGCAGAUUACAUCGAUUAUCUAGUAACUGACGAACUUGUUUCCCCACUCGAAUAUGCUCACAUCUAUUCGGAGAAAAUCGUUCACCUACCACAUUGUUACUUCGUCAACGACUAUAAGCAGCGCAACCGUGAUGUUUUGGAUCCUUCCAUUCAUAUGAAGCGUUCGGAUUAUGGCUUACCUGAAGACAAGUUUCUGUUUGCGUGUUUUAAUCAGUUGUACAAGAUGGAUCCCGAAAUUUUUUCCACAUGGUGCCGAAUCUUAAAACGUGUCCCUAAUAGUGCCUUGUGGCUUCUGCGUUUUCCGGCUGCUGGAGAAACCCGCCUUAAAGCCUUUGCAAUUGCACAAGGAGUGAGACCCGAUCAGAUUAUUUUUACUGAUGUGGCUGCGAAGAAUGAGCACAUCAGACGAAGUGGCCUUGCCGACCUUUUUCUGGACUCACCACUUUGCAAUGCUCAUACGACUGGAACAGAUGUUCUGUGGGCUGGACUGCCUAUGGUUACGCUUCCACUUGAAAAGAUGGCAACACGAGUAGCUAUGUCUCUGUGUUAUGCAGCUGGUUUUGGUGAAGAGAUGGUCGUGAGCAGUAUGCAAGAAUAUGAAGAGAGAGCAGUGAUGCUGGCUACAACACCUGCCAUUCUGAAGACCUUGACCGCAAAUCUUCGAGCAUCCCGACUUUCCUCUCCCUUGUUUGACACCAUUCGAUGGGUUCGCAAUUUUGAGAGGUCGUUUUUCAAGAUGUGGAACUUAUACUGCAGUGGCGCACACCCACAACCAUUCAAAGUUUUCGAGGAUGAUGUGCAAUUUCCAAAUAACCAAUAACAGUGAAUCAUGUUGGAAAGUCCUGUUAGAUAUUGAUCAGACAUGGGAUUGUCUUAUUUUUUUUAGCGUUGGAGCUAGGUCAAGUCGCAUAUAGUUUAGGACUUAAAUGCCAGUGUCUUAAUACCUACGUGACACUGAAUUUCUGACUUCUAUAACGUGGGUUGUUUGUGCAAGCUCUGGUUGAUGAUUUCCGAAUUGCAGUUGUUCGGGAAGUGUUGGUUUAGUUUCAAGUUCUGUGCAUCUCACAGUAGCUCGAUAUUAGAUGGAAAUUUUAAGUUGUACAUACAACUGUGAGGAAUUAUAUAGCUCAUGACUUGGAACUAUUCGAAGUGCGAGUUUACAAUGGUGCAUGCAUGUGCCUUGUAUACCAUUCAAGUAUGAACCUCGAGUUUUAAGUUCUCUUCUUGACUCUCAUAAUAGUCAAGCCGAAGUGCACUACGAUGUGCACAAUUUUUUUUCGCUUUUUCAA